UAAAUACCAUACACGGCUCCUAAUUCUCCAUGCUUCUCUCUCAAAACCCAUACCUCUCCCUCUCUCAAAACCCAUCUAUCUCUCUCUCUCUCAACAUGAAGAAACUCAUCCGCCGACUCGCCCGAAUCGUAGACUCGUCUAACCACUACAGACCCCUCAGACCCGACUCCCCAACCCCAAGACCACCCGCCAAGACCCGAAAAAACCGAAUCGGGUCCUUCUUCAUCCGGAAGGGGCACCUGCCUGUUUACGUAGGCGAAGAGAUGGAGCGAUUCGUGCUCAGUGCCGAGUUGCUGAACCGGCCGGUUUUCGUGGAGUUGCUGAAGAGAUCGGCUCAAGAGUACGGGUACGAGCAGAAGGGUAUCUUGAAGAUUCCGUGUCCGGUCUUUGUCUUCGAGCGGAUCUUGGAAGCUUUGAACGGUGGAGAUGGACUCAUUGAUGAGAUCUCCGAAGAGCUGUUUUCUUAGUUGAAGUUUCUCUAAAACAAAGUGUAUUUUUGAG